AUGUCCACUCUAGCCCUUCCACCGGACUUCAAGUCCCCAGUUACGGCGCAAGAUCAGGAAAAAGUUGCUGCGCAAUACAACAUCAAAAUUGAACCGGGCGCCCAGGAAGACGCAUACCUGCUCCUCCUUCAAUCCGCUGAAGCCCUCCACAGGAGCCUCAAAGACACAACCGAUUUCCUUCACCCGGACCUUGCACCCGUCCCUACAACAACGCCGCGAGAAUUCCGAAAACUGCGCGAAGCGGAGAACCCGCUUAAUGCAUGGAGUCAUGUAUCGGACAUAGCAGCCGCUAACCCAACUAGCUCUUUACUAGCUGGUCGAACUGUCGUUGUGAAAGAUAAUGUCUCCGUCGCUGGGCUACCGACGACACUUGGUAUACCCGCCUGGUUGCACUCAAAGGACGGGGAGUAUAAGCCCUCCAAUAUAGAUGCGACGGUUGUUUGCAGAUUGCUUUUGGCUGGAGCUACAUUGAAGGGAACGGCCGUUUGCGAGUCGUACUCCGCUGCCCCGGUGUCCUUUACAUCUGCUACAGGGUCAGUUCAUAAUCCCUGGGCGCGGGGACAUACGGCGGGCGGAAGCAGCAGUGGGUGCGCGGCGUUGAUAGGGAAGAAGGCCGUUCUUGAGGAGUCUGGUGCAGUGAUCAACGGCACCACCGAUGGCUCUCCUACGGUUGAACUUGCGGUUGGAGGAGACCAAGGCGGAUCCAUUCGCCUCCCUGCUGCGUAUACCGGGAUCUACGGUCUCAAGCCGACACACGGUCUUAUUCCAUACACGGGCGCCAUUUCAUUGACACCGAUGAUCGACCACCUUGGCCCGAUGGCGACGAAGCUUGAGGACAUUGCGGUUAUGUUGCAGGUCAUGGCUGGUUACGACGGUCUCGAUGCUCGGAUGACUCCCGAGUCGCCCAUGCCAGACCAAGUAAAGGACUACCCAUCUCUCCUAGCCGACUUCAUCAGCACAGCCAAGGACAAAUCAUCCCCGAAGCCUGUGAUGACAAUCGGCCUCCUGAAAGAAGCCUUCGACUUCCCCGGCCUCUCCCCCGAAGUCCGAGAUACCGUUCUCCAAAACGCAAGAGAAUAUUUCACAGCCGCCGGCGCAGAAGUCACCGAAGUGUCCGUCCCCAUGCACCGCGAAGCCCCCGCAAUCUGGACCGUCGCCGCACGAACCGCUCUAGCAGACUUUGGCCUUGCAUCGCGUCCACCGGGAUACCUCUCCUACCUACCCGAGCACAUCGACACGCAGUGGCCUCCAUCCCAGGAAAUGUUCGACCACCUGACCGCCGGAAAUCCAACCAUCAUGAACCUCAUCUUCAGCACGGACUAUCUCCGCGAGACGUUCGGGACGGCGGUGGAAUUCAAAGCGCACCGGAAAGUCUUUGAGCUGCGCGCUGCGUAUAAUGCUGUCCUGGCCGAUGUCGAUGUGCUUAUUACGCCGACUGUGCCCACCGUUGCGUUUGAGUUCCCGCCGAGCACGAAGGGGGGUACGGAGCUUGGGGAUAUUGCUGAGAGGGUCAAGGCGGCGGUGGGGUUGAGUUAUAAUACUUGCGCUUUUAAUGUUACGGGGCAUCCGGCGAUGAAUGUGCCUUGUGGGUUUGGGAAUGGAGGGAGUGAGGGGAAGAAGUUGCCUAUUGGUAUGCAGGUUAUUGGUAAGAGGUGGGAUGAUGAAGCGGUGCUUAAGGCGGCAGCGUUGUUUGAGAUGGGGAGGGAUUGGGAAUGA